UUAAAAAAAAUGUAUCUUAAAUUAUAUAUCUGUUCCUUAAUCAUUGGAUAUACAUUAGCUCUACCUAAUCCUGAAGUUAGAGAUGGAAUACAAAAUAACAUAGAAGUAGAAUCUUCAGCAAGAGUAUUAGGAAAAGAUUGUUCAGGAGGUAUCUUCAGUCCGACAUGUUUGAAAAUCGAAGCCAUAUCUAUGUUGGAGAAAUUAAGUUCAAAGGAAGAAUUGCAACUGUUACCAGGUGUUAGUGUUGUUAAGGAAGAAAAAGAAAAUGCCAGCAAAGCUGAGGAGUUUGCCGCGGAAUUGGCAAGAUCUUUACCAUCGAAGCCUGAUGAAAGAUUGGAUAAAUAUCUUUUGUAUAGACUUGGGAAUUAUUUAGAUACACACUCAGUGAAACUAAGGCUGUUAGAUGAUGGUGCGUCAGAGGAUGCUAGGGCUUUGAUGGGUGAAGGACGAGGUAAAGGUGGACUUGGAGGUGGAAAGAAAGGAGGUAUGGGUGGACUAUUAGCUGCCGCUCUUAUGAUGAAAGGUACCCUCAUGUCUAUUGGUCUUGGAGGCCUCGCCAUGUUAGCGGGGAAGGCGUUGAUGACAGCUCUAAUGUCACUUCUCUUGUCAGCAAUCAUUGGUUUGAAAUCACUGACAAGCGGUGGCAAGUCGACCACAUAUGAAAUUGUAUCGAAGCCAGUUUAUAGCCAUUCGCAUUCCCAUUCUACCGCGCACGAAGAUGUCGGAGGUUACGGUCAUUCUGGAUAUGGUAGGAAUUUAAAAGUAAGGAGACGUUAAUGUUAUUGAGUCGACAACAAGAUUCAAACUUUAUGGCUGUUCGUGAUUCAUGCAAGAGCUA